GUCUCAAAAAUCCAAGAUAUGAUUCGUCAAAUUCAAGAAAACAUCGGUCGUAUAGACGACCUUCACGCCCGCUCUUUAGGUACAAUUAAGGAAGAGGAGGAAUCUAAACAAAAACUGGAGGGAUAUACAUCCAAUACAAAACAACUGCUCGUUCAGGUGAAGGACAAAAUUAGAAAAUUAGAAUCCCUGAAUUUAGGUUUACCGCCCACCUCGGGGGAUCUGGAAGUUCGUAAGGCACAAACGGCGAACCUUCGGCAAAAGUUCUUGGAAACCUUGCAAAGCUAUCAAAACAUCGAGUAUCAGAACCGACAGAAGUUCAGGGCAAGAAUGGAAAGACAAUAUAAGAUUG